GAAUUCAACAUUGACCGUCGUUCAGUUCGGAUUUCGCGCAAACGUCAACAUGACAGGAUCCUCAAAAUUUUAUUUAUAUUUAACGCGAAAUUGCCGCGAGUCCGCCGGUCAAUUAAAGGACAUAAUGUAAAAAAGAAAAACAGAAAACUAAACCUUUCAUUUUCCGCCUUUUUUCAAAAAAUAAACAAACACACAUUUCUUUUGUGAAAAAUUCGUGGAAAAUGAGUAUUUCCCAAGAUAGCGCUGCCACUAUUGUGUGCAGGGAGGUCUUCGAUGAGACUUCGCAUCCAUCAAACGAAGAAGUAAUAGAGUACGCAAAGCGUCUGGGAAUCGACCCGGAUGCGGAACCACACCUCUUGGACUUAGCUCGUGAAGGUCUGAUGGCAGCGCUACCAAAGGGCUGGUCACCCUGUUUUCAUGAAGCCUCCGGUGCCUGGUAUUACUAUCAAGCGUCAACGGGGAAUACCACCUGGGAACAUCCCCUGGACGCGGUUUACAAGGAACUCGUUGCUCAAGCGAGGGCCGGUAACCGACAAAUGAGCGUCGACGAAGACUCAAAGACGACCGCCAAGGACCUUGAAUCACAGGAAGAUGCAACAUUGCCCAAGGAUAAUAUCUCCAGUAAAUCAAUUUUAUCACAGACCAAAAUUCCCAUGAAGUUGGCGCCAUUAAAAAGAAUUAAAAGCAAUGAGAAAAUUGGUUCACGAAGACGUGAGUCUUCAUUGGAAAAAAAUCCAAUUUCCAAAAGUUACGAGACAGAUAUUCAUAGUGAAUCAUCAAUUGUUAAUGAUCGUGCAUCAAGGGACUAUAGAAAUUUAAAAUUUCAUGAUCCCAUGUUUUACGAGAGUCCAAAAUUAUUGGAGACAAUGAGUAAAAAUUUAGAUUUAAAAGAAGUCCUUAAACGAUCAGAAUCAUUGAGUCCAAGAUAUGAAAAAGAAUGGGAACAUCUUAAUAGUAAAUUUAAUUCUGAUGAGAAUAUCAUUGAUAUUGAUCGAUUGAGUGCCAGUUCUUUAGCUAAGGUAGAUAAAUCAGCUGAAUCUUUAGAUAAAGAAAAACAUCCGAGGCAAAAAGAAUUGACAUUGACUGGUGGAGGAUCCAUUUUUCUCAAAAGCAAUAGAAGCCGUGACACAACACCAAGUCAAGAUGGUGGGAAAUUUGAAGAUUUUCAACUGUCAGCUGAUCUUGGGAUGAGCAGUUCUUCCGGUGAUCGACUUAAAUCCAUUUUACGAGAAAAGGCUUAUGAAGAUGAUGACAGACCAAUGGAAGAAGAACGAAAGAGUGUUCGUUUCGAUUUGGAGAAGGAGCCGGACAUUAAAUUUACCUACUCGGACUCGGACGAAGAUUGGGAAUCAGAAUCAGAGGAAGAAAAUGUCAAAAUAUCAGCAAUUGCGAAUAUCAAGAAAGGCGCUUCAAUAUUUUCUCUACAAAAUCAAAAUUUAGAUCUUCCCGAUGAAUCAUCAAAUAAUCAAGGUUCAAGGGAUCUUUUCUUUAAUUCAACACUACCAAAAUUAAGUCCCCUCGAACGUAUGGAUAAAUUUUUGAAAAAAUCAACAAUUGUCGGCAAACGUUUUGUCGUUGAAAAUGUCUCUGAAAACGAACAUUUCAAUCAAAUUUCACGUGAUCGACUUAAUGAAAUUGAUGAUGAUUUCUCACCGAGACGAUUUAGUAAUGUUCGAAAUAUUGAUAUUGUCUCAAAAAGUGAAACGGACUCGAGUAUUGCUUCAAAAUCAAGUCUAUUAGAUGAAAUUAGAAAAAGUAAAGAACUCAUGUUAGAAAGUAUGAGACUAUCUGAACAAAAAUUAAAAAAUGACAGAGAGAAAAAUGAAGACUAUAAUUUUUUAAAACUCAAACACAAUAUUAUUAUUGAAUCCACAAAAGAUUCUUCCUCAAAUGAUGAAACGAAAAAUUUAGUUAAACAAAAUUUAACCAAAGAACACGAUGAAUCAAUUGGCGAGCUUAAAAUUGAAUAUCAAGAAAAAUUAGAAAAUUGUAAAAAAGAAUUAGAGGAGAAUUUCCAUCGACAGAGGCAUGAGUUUGAGAGAAAUCUUGAGGAAAAAUUGGAGAAACUCCGUCGUGAAAUGGAGGUGAAAGAAGAGCAAGAAAUUCAGAAAUUAGUCAAUAAAAUGGAUGAGACGCGUAAUGAAAAUCUCAAGAAGGUGAAAAAUGAAUUAGAAGUUUGUUAUGAGAAGGAGAGACAGGAGAUUUUGACAAAUUUAAAAAUUGAGCUCGAUCAACGAAAACACGAGCUUCUUGAACUUAGAAAUCAAGAAAUGGAAAAACUUGAAAAUGAUCACGAAAAAUAUUUGGACGAUGAGAAAAAUGCAAAAAUUAAAGAGCAAAAAAUUACCAAACAACACACUGAGAAAUUGGAUACAUUGAAAAAGGAUUUCGAUAAAGAAUUUGAUGAUUUAAAGACUGAACUUCGAUUACAGCAGAGGGAAAAAAUUACCAAGAUCAAUGAAGAUCACGAGAAGUGCCUUGCUGAGAUAUUGAGAGAUUUUAGAACAGAUGAAGAACUCGCGCGGAAAUUGUAUAAGCAGAGGUUGGAGGAAAUUCGUGGGGAUUUUUCGAGAGACAUAGAAAAUGAGGUGAAGAGACAAAGUGAUCGAAAGUCAUCUUCGCCACAGGACAAUGUUGAUUACGAGAAAUUGCGCUGUGAAAAAAGACUAAUUGAAGAUAAAUAUAAUACUCUUAAGGAAAAAUAUCUUAAAUUAAAAAAAGAAGUUCGUCUUGCUGUCGAGAGGAGAACUAAACGCAAAGAGGGAAAUGCAACAGCUUCCGAAACUGAUAAGUCAACUUCAGCCAGGACCAGAACUGAUAAACCCGAAUCCUCUGAUCAAAAAUCACCUUUAAAGAAGACACGCUCGAAUUCCUUAACUCUCACGAAAUCUCAAGAGAAUCAAAGUCAAGGACAUAGUGCAACUGAAGACUCGGAUGAUCAAAAAGUGAUCACAGGAUUUCCAGGCUCAAUUGGAGGAACAGUGGGAACGAAAAAUUUAUUGAAAUUUGAAUCUGACGAUACAACAACGGCAAGUGAGACAAAUUCAAAUUUCUUGUCGAAAAAGAAGAAGAAUUUCACUAAGAGAACAACAAGUACGAGCCGUUUAAAUAAUAAUAUGAAUCAAAGUGAAAAUCCCGUGGAGAAUAUAAGAAAACAGUUGGAGAAAUUGGAAGAUCUUGGUGAUCAAUUACCUAGCAAUGAAACUGCGUAUACCUUGCGUUAUCCUUUCCAGGAUAAAUGUGAGUCUUCCAGAGGCGAUACUGCAAAAUUAACUCCAGUAUCCGCAUCAUCGGAGUUGGAAUUCUUUAGACAUCGAAUUCAUGUAGAACGAGAUUCGGUGAGAAGAGCUCGAGAGGCACUGAGGCAACAAAGAAGUGCUUUUCAAGGUAGACAGAAAGCUUGGAAGCAACGAAGCGCGAGGGCCACUUUGGAGCAGCUGGUAAAGGAAGAAAGAGAGCUCUCCGAUAUGGAAGUAAGCUUACAUCGAACUCGUAGUCUUCUUGGGGAAAAAGUUAUUCACCUCAGGCACUUGGAGCAGUCUUUGGAUCGAGUGGCCAAUGCAAAGAAGAACGAAAAUGAUGCCACAGUUGUGAAAAACGAUGAGCAAACGUUGAGUGAUAUGUCGAGUGCCAGUAGUGGUUUUAGUUCAACAGAUCUUGGCACAGACACGUUCAUGGAUAAACCAGAUCACUAUCAGGAAUCAACGGAAAUAAUUGCGAGCUUGGAAAAUUUGAAUUCAGAAAUUCGUGAAAUUUGGGGUGUUCUGAAUAAACGACAAGAUAACAAUGUUCCACCUCCGCCAACAUUGAUGUACUCGGAUCUUGGAUGGUUGCCAUAUCAACACUUAACGUCUCAACCGAGUAAUGUGCAAGCAGCUUUUGGUACACCGAACAUCCAGUCGAACAUCCUGUCGCAACUGUCAAGUGCACAUCCACCAACGGCAAAUACACAAAAUAUCAUCGCCCAAUAUGGACCCAACAGUGGUUUUACAACAAGCGUUGGAACAGUGGAACGUGCCACAUCAAAUCUUAUGGAAAGAACAAGGAAUCUUAGGGAUUGGCUACGACAAGCGAGAGUCGAAACUUCUGACCUGGUCAGUCCAGGACAAGCCACUCUCUAAAUAUGUUAUAGAGAAAAAAGAAAAACUAAAAUCACAUCCCUCCGUGAUUAAUUAUUAUUUCUCAAAACAAUUUCUAGAGUUUUGUAUAACAAACAAUUUUACUAAGGUAACAAAUUUUUUUUUCCAUUUUAUCAAACAUUUUUCUAAUCAUAUUUAUUUUAAUUUUUAGGUGAUUUUAUUUAUUUUUUUUUAAUUUAAAAUUAAUUACAUUUACGUUCGGAUU